AUCCGUAUCACGUGACUUCCGGUUUUGUAUUUGUUCAACACCAAAGUUUGCCGUGUUUAUAUGUCGUUACCUUUUAGGCAGCCGUUUGGUGCUCCACCACCCACACCGAAUGCUCACCAAGCUGUACCUAGCAAAAUGAUGCCACCAGUGUGUACGACAGGCCCACCUGUGUUCCCUGUCAUGCCAAAUACUUUUGGUUUGGUUCCUACUCCGCCGCCUCAAUAUGUUACUCAGCCAAUGAUGUAUUCACAGCCAUUAGUACUCCUUCUAUUGGUGGAUAUAAUUCUUGAUUUUGAAUUAAGGAAUCAUAAGGUGCCACCCAGCCGAGUACCUGUUGUUGCUGGUAUCCCAUCUCCUGUUCCAGCUAUGUACAUUCCUGUUUCUCCUGUUCCUCUUGGAAUUAAUACAACCAAUGCAGAUCCUGCUAAAUUAUUAGAAGAGCAAAAGAGGAUAGAAAAAGAGAGAAAUUUUCAGUUGCAGCAGCAAAGAUUGAAACAGUUCACAGUUGCUGGUAAAAAAGGUAGCUUGAAUGCUGACAAUCUUAUAGACAGCAUGUUUGGAAAACUCCAACCGAAGAAGACCAAUCCUGCGUCUACGUCCAGUCUUAAACCUAUUGAUAUUAAUAGUAAAUCCCAGAAAUCUAACUGCACUGAUGAGAAUGUAUUAGAGUCAUGUAGGGCAAAUGAAGAAAAAAAAGAAAAUAUUCAACAGACAUCUCGUAGUCAAAGCCAAGUUACAUCAAGUAAUUUCUCACAGUUGAAUGCAAAAGAUGUUAAAGAGCUAAGUGUCAUGAUGCUGGAAUGUUCAGAUUUAUCUCGUCCUCAAAAGGCAAAUACUUUCCAAAAGCAAUUGAUGAAAGAUCUGUCACAUGCAUCUCAGCAAAAAGCUACCUUUACUGCUAGUAAUAAGGCCAGAGAUUGGCGGAAUGUUCAAGGCUUGAAUGAUGUAUUCAUUUUACCAAAGUCACGAUUUCCAAACUGGUGUACUAAAGAAAUUGUUCCAGAGCUAUACAAAAAGAUUGAAGCAUGUGUGACAGCAAAUGGCCUGCAUGCACCUGACACAAAUUUGCUUUUUCCCAUAUUGAUGUCUUCAGGAUUGUCAAGAGAAGUUCUUGGCCACAUAUGGGAGCUAGUCAGUGGGUCCGCCAUAGGUCAUCUGACCACUGAAGAAAUGUAUGCAGCACUAGCUCUUAUUGCAGUUGCCCAGGCUGGACAUCCAAUAAAUAGCAUCGACAUCCUCCAUCAACUACCAACCUGUCCAAGUCCACAGCUACAUUAUUUUUCUAGUCCAUCUCAAAGUCAUGAAAUGCAGAAAGAAGUCAACAGUCCUUUACUUCAAAUGCCAAGCUGUGACAACUUAAAUAAAAACCCUGUUGCUGCAGAGCAAUCCGAAAUGUCCGGUCAUCAGGUGUUACGGCCAGUGGCAAUUUCUUUCAAAGACAGUUCUGUUUCUGAUGUUCUACUCAAUGUUUCAAAGCAGAGUGUUCCUUCUUUAGGGAAUGUGAAUUCAUCUGGUUUUGUGAGCUCUCCCGAUGACGAGUUUGAUGAUUUUAAAUCAGCCACUCCCACGGCAGUGAAUUUCUCCAUACAUACACCAUCAUCCGAUCAAUCCCAUGUGGAAGACGAAUUUGAUGAUUUCAAACACGCUGAGCUUGUCAUUCCUUCAUCAAAUGCACGUGAGGCACAAGUAAAAAAUUCUGUAUCUACAGCUGUUACAAAUUCUAUAUCUACAACUGUUGCAUUUGAACAAGAUCUUAUGUCUCCUGAAGAGGACAAGUACAGUGUGUUUCGUUCAUUACAAGGAACUGAAGAAUCUAGUUGUUGGAGUAGUUUCACUUCUGCUUCAAAAACUGAAGGAUCUAGUGUUUCAGAAAUCUGCAGUCAAACAACUGCUGUUGAAAAUUCAUCUAGUUCUGUUUUUCCUACAGUGAUUGUCAUAAAAAGUAACUGCAAUACAGAUUUGCCGAAAAUUAUUCAGACUGAUGUAAAAUCUGUGGUGGACGAUGAUGAAUUUGGUGAGUUCCUACAUGCUGAUAUUUCUUCUGCUGUUAUUACUCAAACUGAAAGUACUAAUGUAACUCAACCUGAGUGUUUAAAUUCAAACUUUGCCGAUUUCACUAACUUUAAAGAUCAGGAGUUGCAUGAAACGUCAUCUUUAAAUGCUGUGACUUCAAGUGUGGAUGAUGAAUUUGGUGAAUUUGCAAGCAGCUUGCCAGUAUCAUAUAAACCAGAAUCCCAAGACUUUCUUUUUCAUCAUGUGAAAGAUAAUAUUUCACUUGCUGAAAGUCAAUCGGUUUCUAGUCUGGAGUUGGGAACCUUUGAUGGUGGGGGUCACAGCGGCGAGUCAAAAUCAUCUCUUAGCAGACAAGGCUCCAUUCCGAGUCUGGACUUGAAAAGUAUUUGCUUAGAAGGAGCUGACUCAGAAGAUUGUUUUACAGAAUUACAGGCCCAUGUUUUUACUAGUAGGGGAUCCAAGUCUCCAUCUCCUGCCAAAGAUCUGAAGGCAUCUGAUUGUAGUUCUAGUCUGUCAGUAGGAAUGCCAUUUCAAACCACAUCUAAUGUACCUUUAGCAGAUAAGUACAGUGUUAUAAGGCUAGAAGAAAAGCAAGAUGAAGAUCAACAUAUCAGCAGUUGGUUGCGCUGUUUGCAAAGUUCGGUAGACAUUUUACUAACAACAAAAAAGAUUUUUAACCAAAUGAGUUGUAGCUCUGUUUGUAAUGAAGUGCUUAAUUCUGAAGAAGGAGAGAACUAUGUUAAAAAUGUCAUCGAAGUGUACAGAGUAGUGUGCCGCAUUGCUCUGUCAUCCAAAUCUUCCAGCAAGCAGACAGCUCCUAUUCUCAAUUUACUGAAUGAAGCUGAUGAAGCUUGGAACACAAUUUGUGGCUUUUUGGCUGGUUCAGCUCUCAUGCCUGAAGAAAAGUCACUGGAUUUCUCCAAUGGUGUGUUACGACCAGACACAGAAGAUAAUACUAAAGCUUGUGGCCUUUGUCUGUUAAACGUAGAUAUCAAAAAUUAUAACAAAGAUGAAAAUCUGAAACUGUCAUAUGGUGGACGGAACUAUCAUAGUACUUGUGCUAACUUAUGGGUGAAUUGUGUUGACCCACUCUUACCUGCAUUGACUCUACCUCACCUACUUUAACAUUUGUACUGUCAUGUAGAAAUAUAAAGUGUAUUUAUUUUGUAA